GACACCAGUUUAGAUGAAUGCUUCGAGGCGUACAAGAAAGCAGCUGAGAUCACGUCAAAGCAAAAAGGCUUUUACAUUGAUGGCUAUUUGCAAGAGAUCUUAUGUUUAUUAAAUGUUUUAUUUCUGAAAGAGAGCGAAUAUAGUGAUCAACAAGUCAAGCACUUUGGAUUGGAAUACUUAAAACAGAUGCACGCUGCCUUAGUGAGAGAAAUCAUUGAUCCGAAAGUAAAGUUUGAUACAAAGCUAUACAAUGAUAUCUCAGCAAUCUUUAGGGUAAGUCUUGGUGAAAUACCUCCUUAG